UGUAAGUGGGAUCUGAGCACAACAGCACUCUUCCUUCCUCCAGUUUCCAGCAAUUGAUAUUCAGAAGCAUACUACGCUUCUGAACCUUUUCUAGCUCUUCAGUGUCCCACAUAAGGUGCGCUGACCAGAAAUUUACAGUCUUCCAAGUGUGCUUGUACCACAGAUUUGUACUAGCAGCUGUAUUUAUUUCACCAGUAAAGACUGAAAACAGGACAGUUUCUUAAAGUCUUUUUAAUAGAGUUGCUGUUAAGCCAGUAUCUAUACGUCUCACCCUCAUUUGGAGUUCAUAAUAAACAUGGGUGGGGGCAGCUGUCCCCUCCCCCCAAUCAAUAUAAAUCAAUACAAAUCUGAGGUUCUGUCCCCCUCCCAAUGAAAGCCUGCCCCCUAACAAAAAUCCUGGCUGUGACCAUGAUAAUAAACAGUGGUUUAUAGCAAUUUGCGAUAUGGGGAGAAUGUGUGGUGCUAAAUUGCAGGGAACUUGGAGAUCACUUGCCACCUAACUCCAUCUCAUUCCUACUGAUUGCUAACUGGAUAUGCAAGAGUUGCCACUCUGCCUCAGCCUGCAGAAAUGGAUGUGAUACUGGUCUACAUUGCAGGAUUGUUGUAAACUAUUGUCUAUCUCAGCAUGCCUUCUUAUAGCCGCAAUAUAGGGGAAAUAAUAUUUGACAGUUUACUUCUCCCUUCCUGUCCUGGUGCAAAAAACAUUGGCAGAGCACUUUUUUAGAUUAAAAUAAAAAAUAAAAAUCUCAAGUUUUCCUCACAUAGGAAGAUCUGAGUGAGAAGGAGUAUGAAAACUGUCUUCUCUAGUGUGUUAGGUAAAACUAUAAUAGUCCUGAAUUUUCCAGUUGUCUCCUCUGAGCAGUUGCUACUUUUAGUCCUCUGAGAAUUCCUCUCCCAGUGGUGUCAGAUGUAACCAGGAAGUUCUGUCUGUAGAGUAGGCAAUGGAAUUGCCAAUUUAUGUAUGUACAGUAUUGUCUAUAGCUGGGAAUUGCCUAAUAUUGUACAUGCUGGAGUAGCUGUAUGGAGCCCCCUGGCGUUCAAAUUUGUCAAGCACAGGAUACUGUGAAAAUACUUUCUAAACUGGAGCAGCCUUCCUCAAAUGUUUUGGACUACAAGAGAUAAGCAGCAAAAUCCUGAAAAUCUUACAUUCUACAUAUGUAAUUAGUUAUUCUGUCACAAAUAAUUGUAAUUUCUUUCUUUCUUGCAUUGCUGAUGGUGAGAGGUGGGAAUUGCAAGUUGAAGUUGUAUUGCAGCAGAAAAUAUUAGCUACAGUGCAUGACCAGAAUAAGAGUCAAGGCAGAGCCAGAAUUAAAUGAAAAGACCACUUCCGAUACAUUUCCUUAAAAAAUAAAAUCAUAUACUUAAUAAGAGGCUUACAUUCCUUGCAUACCCUUGUAAAUCUUGCUCAUUUUCUGCCAGUGUUCUGUUUUUCAGUACUUCCUCAUAUUUUUUUCUUAUUUAUGGUAAACCAGAAGGGUUUCCCCCUACAUACCACUGAAGGCACCAGUUUGCUUGCAAACUGUUCAGUAAUUUGAAUAUUCUGUCCAGUGGUUCAAAAGAAAUUAUUCAGAAAUACCUCAAGCAACAGAAAGACUGAGCUGUGAAAAAAUCACAGUGCAUCCUCAGUGUGGGUCCUGCUUUGACCAUUACUUCAGAACGGCAAGUCCAGUUUCAGACUGAUAGGUCUCGGUACGAUGGAGGAGCAGAGCUAUACAGCCACCUCUGUGGUUAACCUGGUGGAUGCGUUUGAGAAACUCAGAGCUUGCCCGGGUCCCAGCAAGGAGCAGAUCCUUCCUCAGUCUGGGCCCUGCUUGAGAGCGCCGAAUCUCAUGGUGUCCUACCUGCUUCCACCUGCGACUAGCAGAAGAGCUAUGAGCGAAGCCAAGCAAAUGCCUGUACCGCACAGCCAAAUGCCCUGCCGUGCAGAAUCAGCGAUGGAGCCACGAGAGGCUCCCAGAGGGCUCACAGUCAAGUGUCUCAGCUCUUUCCGCGGCAAGAUCAGUGCAGGCAACUGGAGGAUUCCACAAGAUGCAGACUUCCAGGCAAGCCUCAGGACCGACUCCAGCAGCAGCAAAAACCAGGAGCCAGAAGAGAAAAAAAUAGCGUUGGAGCUCCUGCAAACAGAGCAGGCCUAUGUCAGCCGCCUUCACCUUCUGGAUCAGGUGUUUUUCUCAGAGCUGCUGAAGGAAGCCAGGAGUGGAAGAACAUUCCCAGAAGAGGUGGUGAAAAUGAUAUUCUCCAACAUGUCAUCCAUUUACCAGUUCCAUGCUCAGUUUUUCUUGCCAGAGCUGCAGAAACGUAUGGAGAACUGGGAUUCCAAUCCCAGGAUUGGGGACAUCAUCCAGAAGGUAGCCCCUUUCCUGAAGAUGUAUAGCGAAUACGUGAAGAACUUUGACAAGGCAGUCGAGCUGAUCACCACGUGGUCCGAAAAGUCCUUGCCAUUCCAGGAACUCAUCUCAAGCAUUCAGAGACGGGAGAUCUCAGCCAACUUAACCUUGCAGCAUCAUAUGCUGGAGCCAGUACAGAGAAUCCCUAGAUAUGAACUCCUUCUGAAGGAUUACAUACGAAAGCUACCUCCAGAGGCACCGGACAGGGAGGAUGCAGAGAAAGCCCUGGAAAUGAUUUUCACUGCAGCCAAACACUCCAAUGCUGCCAUUGCAGAAAUGGAACGACUCCAGAACCUUUGGGAGGUGUAUCACAGGCUGGGGCUUGAAGACGACAUUGUGGACCCUUCCAACGAGCUGAUAAAAGAGGGACCCAUUCAGAAAAUCUCAUUCCGGCACAACAACACAACAGAGAAAUACUUGUUCUUGUUCAAUAACUUGCUGCUGUACUGUGUGCCAAAAGUCAUCCAAGUGGGCGCAGCGUUUCAGGUGCACAGCCGGAUCGAUGUGGAGGGCAUGAAGGUUCGGGAGCUGAAUGAUGUGCAGUUUCCUUAUGCUUUCCUUGUAUCAGGGAAGCAACGAACUCUAGAACUGCAAACCAGGUCCCAGGAAGAGUUGAAUGAUUGGAUAAAGGCCUUUGAGUCUGCCAUUGACAAGAAGGAGAAAAGCAGUGGGACCUUCAAGGUGGCAAUCCAAGGGCCGGAAGCCGAGAUGCAAGAUUUAACUCAUUGCCAGUUUGAUGAGUUGGGCAAGCGGGCUCCUCAGUGGAUCAGGGACAAGCUGGUGACCAUGUGCAUGCGUUGCAAGGGCCCGUUCAAUGCGAUCACACGCAGAAGGCACCACUGCCGGGCCUGCGGCUAUGUGGUGUGUGGCCGGUGCUCCGAGUACAAGGCCGAAUUGCAAUACGACAAGAGCGGACCCAAGCGUGUCUGCGUGGAGUGCUACAUCUUCCUGACGGGGCAUUUGUUGCCCAACGAGCGGCAGGCAAGGCAUAAAGGCAUCCUGGAGAAAGAGUCUGCAGAAAUAUCGGGGCAGAGCCUGAUGUGCAGUUUCCUGCAGCUGUUGGAUAAGAAUGGAAAGGGGAGCAUGCGUGGCUGGUUUGUGAUCCCACGAGAUGACCCUCUUGUGCUGUACAUUUACGCUGCACCCCAGGACGUCAAGGCUCACACUUCCAUCCCCCUGCUGGGCUACCAAGUCAAAGAGAUGCCCCAGAGCGACACCCGUCACAUCUUCCAACUGGUGCAGUCCAAGCAGGUCUAUACGUUGGUGGCAGAGACGGAGGAGCUGAAGCAGCGGUGGAUGAAGGCCAUCACACACUCGGCUCGUGGGGAAGAGGAGGAAGACUCGUUUGAUGAGCUGGAAUGACUGGAGCCUUGCUGAGAGGCUGCUGCAUAUCUUGAGCCGCCAUUUCAACACCUGCAAAAUGAAAACAGUAUUUGGAUUCUUUUAAAAACUAUUUUUUUAGCUGUAACUUUCCAACCAGUUUUGUAAGUCACAGUAUUUCUGCCUAGCUCAGAUUUCCCUAGUUUGCUUAUGAGCCUGCCACGUGAAAUUGUGUCAAAAGCAUCACUCAAGCCACACACAGUACAUUGUUAGAACUGGAGACUUGCCAACGUUUGCAGAUGUGUCUUCCCAUUCACAUGCUCACCCACACACAUUGCUGCAAACGGGAUUUCCUAUAUGCACCUAGACUCCCACUAAUUCCCUAUAACCUGGCCAGCAAAACUAACAUCUUCCUAAGGAUGCUGCCCCUGUACCUCUUUAUGCUGCAGAAUCUAGAUGCUCCUUUCCAUCCCCACCACAAAAAGAACAGCAGUCUCACCUGCAGAUGCACUAAGAAAGCUUCCAUUAGGAUGAUUGGGGGAAUGGGGACAGUGAGAGAAGCUUAGACUCCCUUGACUUGUGUCUACCAGCAAAUGUAGGUGAGUUCUUUGGCCCAUAAGAACAGAAUGGCAUAAGAAGAGCCCUGUCUUGUCCAAAACUCAUCUAGCCCAGCAUCCUGUUCUCACAGUGACCAACCAGUCUCCCCCUCCUGCUGCAACCUGCUCCCCUCCAGUCUCCCAAAACACACACAGAAUUGAAGAGGGCGGAGCAAUGAGCCUUAAGCUGCUUGGGAAGGAAUUGGGAGAGGAGCCUUAGAGAGCGGUUCUCACAACUGCCUCACUGGGGCAAGACUUACUGGGAUGGGUUGCUGGGACCACUAGGGCUGAGCUGUUUUGUUUCUUUGAAUAAAGAGUUAACUUCACUCA